CCCAGCCGUCAAAUCGUCGAAUAUCGAUUCGCAGCUGCUGCAGAUGUUUUUUGGUCAACAAAACAAAUCAGCCGCCGCUGCGCCGCCGAGCAAGCAAAAAUACGUGAAAGUCGGUCAGAGAGAACCCGAAAUAAUCGCGAAUUGUGAAUUAAAUGCUCUAAAAUCGCGGUGGCCCAGUGCAGUGCGGAAAUAACGUGUAAUAGCCAUUCAACUAGCAGCCCCAGCAGCGCGUAUUGAAUUUUCGUAUUUGAGAGUGCAGUGUGAAGCGCAGCGCGAUGGACAGGAAUCCAGUGAGGCGGUCGGCAAACGGCGCCGUAGCAGGUGCAGGUGAAUCCAGUGAACAGGAGGAGCAGACGACGUCCAGUGCCGCCGAGUACAUGAGGAACUUCAAGAACAUCAUAGCGCCGGGAAAUGAGGCAUCCAUGACCAGGGAGUUCAAUCCGCAGGUGGCAUACGAAUUCGAAAAGUAUCUCAAUCCGCAGAAGCUCAAGCAGCACGUCCUCAAGAGCGAGAAACUGCGCUCCAUACUGGAGCACUAUGCCAAGGAGUCGGGCACGCCGUUGAAGCAGAUGGAGCGACAGGCCAGGGCGAUCAUCGAUGAAAUUGGUUUGGACCGGAAUAUGGCCAUCAUCCGGUGGUGCGGCAUAGCCAUCACGGCGAUCGGCAAGCGCAUCUGCGAUGGAUUCUAUGUCAACUCGGCCAGCAUGGCCAAUGUGCGCAAGGAUAUGGGCAAGUGCCCGGUGCUCUACCUGCCAAGUCAUCGCAGCUACAUGGACUUUAUCCUGAUGUCCUACAUCUGCUACUACUACGACAUCGAGAUACCAGGCAUAGCAGCCGGCAUGGAUUUCCACUCCAUGUUUGGCAUGGGCACCAUGUUGAGGAAAACGGGAGCCUUCUUCAUGCGCCGCAGCUUCUCGAACGAUGAGCUGUACUGGGACAUAUUCCGGGAGUACAUGUACGCACUGGUGGCUAACUACCACAUCGGCGUGGAGUUCUUCAUCGAGGGCACGCGCUCCAGGAACUUCAAAGCCCUAGUGCCCAAAAUUGGACUGCUAUCGAUGGCUCUGUUGCCCUACUUCACCGGCGAGGUUCCGGAUGUGAUGAUUGUGCCAGUGAGUGUGGCCUAUGAGCGUGUCCUGGAGGAGCAGCUCUUCGUCUAUGAGCUGCUGGGCGUGCCCAAGCCCAAGGAGUCCACAAAGGGCUUUUUCAAGGCCCUCAAAAUCAUCGACGAGCGAUUCGGCAAGAUGUUCCUCGACUUCGGUGAGCCCAUCUCCGUCAAGGAGUUCUUCGGACACGACAGUGCGCAGCGAAUGCAGCGGGCAGGCGUGGGCGGUCACCUGCAGAAGCUGAACCGCCAGGAGGUGGAACUAGUCAAGCAGCUGGCCAAUGAGAUCAUCUACCAGCAGCAGCGACGCAUUGUCAUCUCCACGUUCAACCUGCUCAGCCUCUACUACGCCAGUCAAUUGUAUGCCCAAAAGAGUGUUACCCUCGACGAGCUAUCACGCGGUGUUCUGCAUCUAAAGCGCAUCUUCGAGCAGCUGGGCGCCCAUGUCAGCACGACUCCCAGCAGCAUUAAAGCGGAUGUGAUCGAUGCUGUGGAGAUACACUCGAAUAUUUUAUAUUUCGCGGCGGGGCGAUUGCAGUUUACGCCAAUGGCAGCCAAGCAAUUGGCGGAACAGAUCGAUGUUAAGCGCCUGAAAGCACAUGCCCUGUGUCCACAAACCAUGGCGGUGGCUGUGCCCAUGCUGGCACUGCAGCUCUACAUCAAUCCCUGCAUGUUCUGGCUGGCCAGACCCGCCUACCUGCUGCUGGCGGCGCUCAAGGAGCAGAGGAAACAGGAGAGGCAAUCGACGGACAUCUCAUACGAUGCCAGCUUAGGUGCCCUGCAUGCGCACGUGUCCACCAUGGACGCACUUUUCCAGCACGAGUUCAUCAUUGAAUCGAAUCGCGAGGCAGCCGAGUUUGAGACGCAUCUGCAGCUGCUCCUGGACGAACGGGUUGUGGAGGUGGAGAGCAGUGGCCGAAUCAAGGUGCAGGACAAUGAAUGCUCCCACGUCAUUCUGGCCGCCCUGGCGCCAUUCCUGUGCCUCUACUACCAGCUGGUGGUCACGUUAAGAAAGAUCCCUUUGGAGCUGGAGUUCAGCAACAAGGAUCUGCUGGUGCGCGUGCAGCAGCAUGUGGAGCAGCUCCUGCAGCAACCCGGCGCUUCUGCAUCUCAUGUGCACCCGUAUUGCCUGGCCCUGGACAAUCUGAACAUUGCUAUCUAUGCUCUGAUCCAGCGGGGCUACCUGGCGAAGUGUAGAGAAUCGGGACAAAUGAAGAUCGCAUCCAAUCCAGGAAAGUGCCUGCGAGAACUGGAAAAUCAGCUUCUGGAGUACUGUCAACUAAUGCCAUUUGCUCAAUACUCGACGGCGGCCAAUCAGCAGGCCCAGUUCCACAUAGCCAAGUUAUAACUGGCAAACGGAAAGAGGCCGGCGGGGGAGGCGACAAGGGAGCGGGACAGCGAUUCGAGCACCGAUCCCCAGUUGAGUCCCAAACAGUGUAGUACAAUUACAAUUUCAUUGCCCAUGCAGUUCAUCCAGUUUGUUGUCGGCCUGCUCAAGAAUUGUCGCAUCAUCUGCAUCCUUUUCUUCAUUGUGGUGGUGGCGCCGCUUUGGCAGCUGCUCCACUGGAUCAUCGUAUCCACUCACUCAUUCACUUAGGUUUAUGGGGUGUCUGGUUAGGAUGGGUCGAUUCUAAUAGCAUCCUCUUAUUAACCCGUCUGAUGAUUAUUUAUAUUGGCAUCAUUAUUUUUAACAUUCCCCAUUUUCCACCUGCUAUUUAAGAUUUUUGGAUAAUGUACAUAACGAUUGCCAUUAAUGAAAAGUCAAAAGGGCUCAUCAAAAUAUAAAUAUAGAAAAUCAAUGCUAGGAUAAGAUUACCCUAAAGUUUUUUGACUAGCGAAAUCGAUCCAUCCUUGAGUGUGAGUGUAUCUGAGUGCUAAGAGAAUCUUGAAGCCUAACAACUGAUAUUUUAUGUCCAGUUCGCCAUUAAGCAAACGAAAUUCACCAAACCGCCAAGACAUACAUUUGCAAAAAAGUAGAAUUUCUAGCUAAAAAUGUUGUAUAGAUAAGCCGGUUAGUGGUAGAUCCCAUCGAAAUAUAUAUCCCAUAUAUUUUUAGCCGCGAAAUUCGAAGAAAUGUUGCCAACAAAACAUAACAUUGAAAGCACACUCACAUUUUUGAACGAUGUUUAAACAAGCAAGUCACUGUUUAUUACUUAGUUGAGAUUUCAAAAAUGCUUCUUUAACUAGCUUCGCAGUUUUGUAAAAUUCACCUGACAUAAAUGGGUUUAAACUUUUUAAUUUU